AUGAUAAUUUUUCAAGAGAUAACUCUUUCCUUGUUUAUUUUAUUGAUUUGCGUUGAUUUUGUACGUUCCCAAGCAAGAUGUUCGAAUAAUAAAGCGGGAUAUUAUCCAAAAUGUGAUUGUGAUGGUGAAAAUUAUGGCUAUAAUGGAAUAUCGUGUGUAUUGAUGUGUCCAUCGAUAAGCGAAGGUGUUUAUCCCAAAUGCAAAUGUAGAUAUGGUGCAAAUUACGACAAGUUAACGAAUUCCUGUCCAAAUCCAAAGUGCCCAAAAAAUUCAACGGCCGACUCGGUUUAUCCAAAUUGUAAAUGUACUGGAAACAAUCAAGAGUACAAUGUUUAUCUUAAUGAAUGCAAUCUGGUUUGUCCAGAAGAUAGUAUUGGAUAUUUUCCUGAUUGCAAAUGUAACGAUGAAUUUUUGGGUUUCAACAAAGAUUUAUUCAAGUGCUCUCGAUGCCCCGACAAAAGUACGUAUGACAGCAUUUAUCCGAAUUGUAAGACUGAUACAAUUGUAAAUGCAACAUUUGAUGAAUUGGAUAAUGAAUUCAAAGUAUGUCAUUCUGGAUCAUACGGAAAGUUUCCGGAUUGCACGUGUGAAAAUGGCAAUGAUUACUAUCAAUCGGAAGACUCUUAUUACGGUGGGUUUUAUGGUUGGCAGAAAGCAGGCUGUUUGAAUUGUCCAUAUAAGCUCAAUGGAGACUAUCCAAACUGUGAGUGUCCCACAGGUGAAGUAUUCAACGGUGAAAAAUGUAAAAUUUGCGCUUGGAAUGGUGAAGGAACAUUCCCAAACUGUACGUGUCACGGAGAUGCUGUAUAUGAUGAAAAAGCCGACGAAUGCCGUAUAUGUCCAGAACAGAGUACUGGAAUUUAUCCAAACUGCACCUGUAAAUAUCCUUUGUAUUUCCGGAGAUAUUUGAACCGUUGUGUUGAUUGUGAUGAUGCAACAGGAAUAUAUCCAAACUGCACAUGCACCGGCGAAAAAGCUGGCUUUGACUUAAAAUGGAAACGAUGUUACGAUUGUCCAAAAGAUGCUAUAGGCCAUCAUCCGAAUUGUAAAUGCGAAAAUAAAGAUCAUGUUUAUGACCCUGGUCUAAGAUUUUGCAAUCAUCCGUGUGAAGAUGGUGUAAAUGUGUCUCCAUUUUGUACAUGCCCAACUUAUUAUAAACAUCAUCUGGUGAGAGAAACAGGCAAAUGUGAACCAUAUGCGUACGUGGGUCGACCUUGUCCUCCUUAUGCCAUUGGAAAAGGCCCCAAUUGCCAUUGUUUGCAAACAGGUCACUUCUUUAUUACAUAUGGAUGGGGUUGCUUCACUGAAUAUUCUGUUGGUGGUGUGACAUUUUCGUGCAAAGAUUCAAAUUGUAGCCAGUUACUAUCGUCCGCUGAAAUAGAACCGAAAAGCAUAAUACGCAAUUUUUGAUAGGCAUUGGGCAUCCUUGGCACGAACGUUAAUUUAUCUCCAGUGAUAAUUGUAUUAUGUUAUUAUAGUCGAUAAAGCUACUAAAACUCUAUCCAAUAUUUUUACAUGUU